GCGCGCUCGCAAGAGUUCGGCUAAACUUCUGUGCCGCACUCAGCAGCUGAUACACGGGUUUGGAGUGGAAAAGCUUUGGGUCCAGCAAAAAACUAAAUUAAAAAGGCAGCAACGCCGGUCCGGUUCACGUCGUCGAACCGAAUCCUGGUACCAUGGAUGAUCUAGACGCUCUCCUGGCGGACUUGGAGUCCACCACCUCCCACAUCUCGAAGCGCCCGGUGUUCCUGCCCGAGGAAACGCCGUACUCUUACCCCACGGGCGGGCACACCUACCAGGAGGUCUCGGUCCCGCCCCCGGUGCCCCCUCCCCCCUCUGCCGAAGCCCUGAACGGGACCGUGAUUGACCCCCCCUCACACCACUCUUCCCAGCAGUCCUUUGGGUCAGCCCAGAAGAGUUCAUGGUCUCGGGACAGCAGCAGCCCCCCCCCGUCCCACAGUGAAGAGGACCACGUCUACAGUUUCCCUAACAAGCAUAAGACCAGCGACUCCUCUGCGGCCGCCAUGAGCUCGUCCCUGGGCAGUAACCUGUCGGAGCUGGACCGCCUGCUCCUGGAGCUCAAUGCCGUGCAGCACAACACGCCCUCCUUCCCCACCACAGAGGAAGCCGCGCCCCCGCUGCCCUCCUCCGGCGUCACCCACUACGUGCAGGAGAACGGCGGCUCCGCCCCGGCCAAGGUGCCCCCUCCCACCAAGGAGAAGCCCAAACGCAACGGGGGCCGCGGGAUCGAGGACGUGCGGCCCAGCGUGGAGAGCCUGCUGGAUGAGCUGGAGAGCUCUGUGCCCAGCCCCACACCCACCCCUUCGGUGGCCCAGAGCGAGAUGACGGACGGCCAGCUGGAAACGGCGGCCCAGCAGCAGGCCCGAAUCUCCGCCUCCUCCGCCACACGCGAGCUGGAUGAGCUCAUGGCCUCCCUGUCUGACUUUAAGGUGCAGAGCAAUAUAAUGGCCCAGGGGAAGGGCGGGGGAUCGCCCACAGGCCCUCGCAAACAAGUCAACAAGCUGGACAACAUGCUGGGCAGCCUGCAGUCGGACCUGAACCGGCUGGGGGUGCAGACGGUGGCUAAGGGCGUGUGCGGGGCCUGCAACAAGCCCAUUGCUGGCCAGGUGGUGACGGCCAUGGGCCGCACGUGGCACCCCGAGCAUUUCGUCUGCACUCACUGCCAGGAGGAGAUCGGCUCUCGCAACUUCUUCGAGCGUGACGGGCAGCCCUACUGCGAGAAGGACUACCACAACCUGUUCUCCCCACGCUGCUACUACUGCAACGGCCCCAUUCUGGAUAAAGUGGUGACGGCACUGGACAGGACUUGGCACCCAGAGCAUUUUUUCUGUGCUCAGUGCGGAGCCUUCUUUGGCCCAGAAGGCUUCCAUGAGAAGGACGGGAAGGCGUACUGCCGGAAGGACUACUUUGACAUGUUUGCGCCCAAGUGCGGAGGCUGCGCUCGCGCCAUCCUGGAGAACUAUAUCUCUGCGCUCAACUGCCUCUGGCACCCCGAGUGCUUCGUCUGCAGGGAAUGUUUCACCCCGUUCGUGAACGGCAGCUUCUUCGAGCACGACGGGCAGCCCUACUGCGAGGUGCACUACCACGAGCGGCGCGGCUCGCUCUGCUCCGGCUGCCAGAAGCCCAUCACCGGCCGCUGCAUCACCGCCAUGGCCAAGAAGUUCCACCCCGAGCACUUCGUCUGCGCCUUCUGCCUCAAGCAGCUCAACAAGGGCACCUUCAAGGAGCAGAACGACAAGCCCUACUGCCAGAGCUGCUUCGUCAAGCUCUUCAGCUAGGGGCGGAGAGCGCCCACGUGUAUGUGUGUUUGUGUGUGUGUGUGUGU